GGACAAAACAAAUUGUGCAUAACCUUUAAAUCUUUAAUAAUAACGAAAACAAAUAAUUAUUUUUCAAUAAACAAUUUAAUAAUUUAAAAAUCUUAAAUUCGUCAAUAAAGAGAGGAACACUUUUAUUCUAGCCUCUGAAUGUGCUUCUUCUCUCUCUCUUUUCUUCUUUCAUCUUCUCUCUUCCUUAUCACUUGACUUUAGUCCAAAUCUCUAGCUCAUUUGUCAGACAACAAAUUUCUGACAAUGGAAGCAAUCAGAUUCUCUAAUUUGUCAGGUCUUCUUAUUCUCUUAAUGUCACUGCCUCUUUUAGUGACUUCAAAGGACGAAACUGUUUCUUGCACAAUGUGUUCCUCUUGCGACAAUCCAUGUAAUCCUGUCCCAUCUUCUUACUCUCCUCCUCCUCCUCCGCCAUCAAGCUCCGGUGGCGGUGGAUCUUAUUAUUACUCUCCUCCUCCUCCUUCAAGCUCCGGUGGUGUUAAAUACCCGCCUCCGUACGGCGGCGACGGCUACGGUGGCUAUUAUCCGCCUCCUUACUACGGCAAUUACGGGACACCACCACCACCGAAUCCGAUCGUUCCUUAUUUUCCGUUUUACUAUCAUACUCCUCCUCAGGGAUAUUCAGGCUCGGCUCGUUUACAGAAUUCUCUCCUCUUUGCUCUGUUCGCCGUCUUGCUCUGUUUUGUGUGACGGCGAUUCAUCUGUAUUUGGCCGGGAAAAGUGUACGGUGUAAAACUGAAAUAUCUUGUUUACUUAUUUAACUUUUUUUACAUUUUUGUUGACAAUUUGUAUUUAUUAUAUCUUUUCAAUUAAUUAAGAACAUUUAUAACUACUCGUUGUGUUAGAAAUGUUAUUGCUCUCAUAUCUUCUUCAAUAUAUAUAUCCACAAGAUGGACAUUAACAU